UGCAGAUUUUUGCAACUCGCGGGUGGUCUUGAAGUUACGUACGUUGGGGUACCUACGGUACUUCAACUUUGCAAGCUUGAAGAAAGCUGCAUUGCAUUCUUCUGAAUCUUGGAUAGACAUUGUCAAUGUCAUAAUACCUUUGCAAGCGCUGUACUCUGCAAGUGCUCUCCCGACAAGCUUGGCAAUCAAUUCCAAAGCUACAUCCUCCACAAUCUAAGAGCAAAUUAAAAUAAUGCCGAGCGCUGUGUGUUCCCCUGUGGUGGGCGCUGUGGCGCCCUUUGCAGGCACUGCGCUCCGGCGAGAUUCUUCGAGGCAGUCGCCUGCGGCCAGCUUACCUCUUGACGGUGCGCUGCAGAAGCAUGGACUAUUUGCCCCACUCGUGGGACCAAAGUCGAGGAACGCGCUGCGGAAAUCCAAACGGUUAUCCUCCUCUAGACCGUUGGGAUGCACGGUAGCUUCUGCUUCACAAAAGCAGGAGCGGCCCCAUGUGAGGGCUCCCCCGGUUGGACCUUCUGAAGAAGCAAACGGCGCGUCGGCUGCUCCAUUUUGGCGCAGCAUGCAGAAGCGGGUCGUGGUGCCAAUGCUGGCUGCGGGGGUGGCGGUCACACUACUCGGGGGAGCUGUGCCCUCUGCCUCCGCUGCGGACGCGCUCAAGACCUGCCAAUGCCUGCUGCAGAAUUGCGCCGCUCAACUCGCGGAGUGCCUGGAGAACCCCUCGUGUGCAGCCAACAUUGCAUGCCUGAACACAUGCAAUGGCAGGCCGGAUGAGACCGAGUGCCAGAUUCAAUGCGGAGAUCUUUUCCAGAACAGUGUGGUAGACAACUUCAACAAGUGUGCUGUUUCAGAGAAGGGGUGUGUGCCCCAGAAGCAGGACGAGGGCAAGUUCCCGGAGCCCAAGCCGGAUGCGCUCGUCCCCGAGUUCGACACGUCCAAGUUCACGGGCGAGUGGUACAUCAGCGCGGGGCUGAACCGGAUCUUCGACACGUUCGACUGCCAGCUGCACAACUUUGAGGCGCCCGCACCGCAGCAGGUGACGGGGAACCUGACGUGGCGCAUCAACACGCCUGACGGCGGCUUCUUCACGCGCUCCGCGGUGCAGAACUUCAAGCAGGACCCGCAGCGCCCGGGCAUACUGUACAACCACGGCAACGAGUUCCUGCACUACGAGGACGACUGGUACAUUGUGUCGAGCAAGAUUGAGGGCGGCCCCGACGACUACGUAUUUGUGUACUACCGCGGCCGCAACGACGCCUGGACGGGCUAUGGAGGCGCGGUCGUGUACACGCGCGCCAAGACGAUACCGGACAACGUCUUGCCGGAGAUCAAGGAGGCGGCAAAAAGAGUCGGCCUCGAUUACAGCCAGUUCAAGAUGACGGACAACACGUGCGGCCCACAGCAGCCGCUGGUGUACCGGCUGGCGACGCAGGCCAAGAUGGGGCUGGACAACCUGUGGCAGUCGCUGCAGAACGAGGAGAUGGAGCUGGAAAAGAUCAUCGAGGAGGAGGAGGCGUUCCUGCUGAAAACGCUGGACAAGGAUGAGAAGAAGCUGCUCAACCGGCUCAACAUGCGUGCUUACGAGGUGGAGCAGCUGUUUAAGGGGGGACUCCCCUCCAGGCCCAAGGCGCAGGAGUAGGCACGGUGGACAAACAUUGGAGACAAUUGCACGCAUUCUCGAGCGGCCCAGUCCGGCGGCACGAGAUAUUUUGAGCAAUUAAAAGGCGGCCGAAUGGCAGCCGCAGAACGCGUUGAUCGAACGUAGACUGCAUAUGAAUGCAUUGAAAUGCACCAACUCCCGACAGGUCGAGAUUGCUGAAGCAGGACACUCGGAGACCGACUGGUUAAUUCUCUCAGGUGCUAACUUCAGACGAUCAGACGUACGACAAACUCCACGAUCCCGGUCAAACAGACAAACGUACUGUCUUUGUCAAAAACGGUUGAAGUUUUGCAUGUUGACCGGACCUCUGAGGGCUGACUGUCUUGUCUGAUAAGGGUGGCGGGCCGCUCAGGCCCAGCAAGUCGCCUCGCAGUUGUUGAGCCCGCCGCACUAGCACGAUCCAACCAGUUCAAAGGGUUGUUGAAUAAAUAGUACAAUCGCUUCAAGAUGAUCAGAUGGGAUCUGCACUGGCAGGCCCGGUACUCAUACUUAUACCUAG